UCUAGUGGACGGUUCUUCAUAAACAGCUCGUCAACCACCUCGGUAGCCAACAUAGCCGAAAGAUUCAAGCUAUUUAUACGCUUUCGGUGUAUAUUACCGACUGUGUUUUCGACACACUUAGGUCGUAUCUACUUGUUAACCUAUUUCAUUUAAUAUUACGUUAUUUUGUAUUAGUCAGCUAUAGUAGCUGGCUGGUUAAGUUAGCACUAGCCUAGUCGCUAAUGAUAGCUAGCUAGCUAACAUCCCCGAACAUGAGCUCCCUAAACUACUCCACUCUCGUUGAAGAAGAGGUGAUCUGCUGGACGGAGAAAGAAGCUUUGGGGCUGAACAUUGUCGCGAAAGAGGAGAAGGAAGAAGAGGAUUUCACAGUAAAACAAGAAGUAGAAGGUGAGGCUGUUACAGUGAAAGAAGAAGAGAAAGACGUUACAGUGAAAGAAGAGGAAGACGUUUCAGUGAAAGAGGAGGAGGAUGUUACAGUAAAAGAAGAGGAUGAGGAAGAGAAAGAGGUGGAUGUAGUUUAUGGAGUGAAGGAGGAAGGGGAGAUUACUGUCACAUUGAAAGAUGAAGAGGAGAUAGGAGAUCUGAUUAAAACCAGAGAGAUACGGGACUAUCGUGGAUCCUCUGGGGAGCCUCAACAACCUCAUGAUGCUGACGAGGCAGAGAAGAGUCUCUCCAGAUCAGAACGCCUCAAUAAACACCAGCAGAGAUCCACAGGGAAGAGAACUCACUGCUGCUCUGACUGUGGGAAGAGAUUCACCUCAUCAGGCAUUACAAUUCAUCAAAGGAUCCACACAGGAGAGAAAUCUAAUAGCUGUGAUCAAUGUGGGAAGAGUUUUGGUCAAUCUUGCCAUCUGACUCAACACCAGAGAACACACACAGGAGAGAAACUUUAUAGCUGUGGUCAAUGUGGGAAGAGUUUUACUACAUCUGGCUAUCUGACAGUGCACCAGAGAACACACACAGGAGAGAAACCUUACAGCUGUGAUCAAUGUGGGAAGAGUUUUACUAAAUCCGGCUAUCUGACAGUGCACCAGAGAACACACACAGGAGAGAAACCUUUUAGCUGUGAUCAAUGUGGGAUGAGUUUUACUACAUCAAGCUCUCUGACUAUACACCAGAGAACACACACAGGAGAGAAAUCUUAUAGCUGUGAUCAAUGUGGGAAGAGUUUUACUACAUCUGGCUCUCUGACAGUGCACCAGAGAACACACACAGGAGAGAAACCUUAUAGCUGUAAUCAAUGUGGGAAGAGUUUUACUACAUCUAGCCAUCUGACUCCACACCAGAGAACACACACAGGAGAGAAACCUUUUAGCUGUGAUCAAUGUGGGAUGAGUUUUUCUACAUCAAGCUCUCUGACUAUACACCAGAGAACACACACAGGAGAGAAAUCUUAUAGUUGUAAUCAUUGUGAGAAGAGUUUUCCUACAUCUAGCCAGCUGACUUCACACCAGAGAACACACACAGGAGAGAAACCUUAUAGCUGUGAUCAAUGUGGGAUGAGUUUUACUACAUCAAGUCAUCUGAUUCGACACCAGAGAACACAUACAGGAGAGAAACCUCAUAGCUGUAAUCAAUGUGACAAGAGAUACUCUAAUAAAAGGUGUUUGAUCAAACAUCAGAAAAUGCAUACAUGAAGAAGUUGUUUCAUGAUAUCAAUGAAAUGAUGUCACAAUGUAGAAUGUUUUAACAUUGUAGUAGGAAUAUUUUAAUGAUGUCACAAUGUAGAAUGUUUUAACAUUGUAGUAGGAGUAUUUUAAUGAUGUCACAAUGUAGAAUGUUUUAACAUUUUAGUAGGAGUAUUUUAAUGAUGUCACAAUAUAGAAUGUUUUAACAUUGUAGAAGGAGUAUUUUAAUGAUGUUCUACCUUAUCCUUUGCCCUGUUCAAUUGAUUGCAGCAUGAUAUGGAUAUUAGCCUCAGGGGAAAAUCCAGGCUCUGAAUUGAAAGAGUAUUAUUUAACAAAAAGUGACAAACUAAAAAACAGCUGUGUUACACUUACUGGGUUGGUGACCCACUUUAAUCAAAAUGCAGCACUUCAAAAUGUAGCUAGCUGUUUUCUACAAGUUGAAAAAGCUGCUUGUUUUAAAAAAAUACAUGUAAUAUGAUAAUUGUUGCAGAUGUUUGUGUGUAUACACACAUGAAAGCAGUAUAAUAAAUUGGUCUAUAAUCAA